UCUGAAGGUGGCCGGGAUAUCUAGUCCUAAAAUCAUCCCCUAGGCACGUUGCUACCCUGCCCUGACCUCGCUCAUCCUGUCACUGCUCUUAUCCAUUACAAAAUGGAGAAGUAUCAUCGGACGAAGAUCGGUUCGAGCACAGCCCGAAGAUGUGCCCUUUCCAGAUUGCUGAUGCGUGACCCCGGGACACUGAUGUACCUUGAUCCCGACCAGGUGUACCACUUCCCACUGAAAGUUGCGCACUUGUCCAGGGACACGUGUAAACUUCGUAUACAUAUAUCGCCAGGAACACAAUGCCCUUAUGCGAGUUAUAAGUCGCCGUGGAUACGACGUCCGAAGAAGCUUAAAGCCCAGCGCAGUCCUGAAGAUGGCGUUGAUGGCGAUGAAGACGAGGAUCACUUGGCACCGGCUACCUGGCCGAGCUGCUGCGAGAUAUCAGCAGUUGCAGCGGCAGCCACAGCCGCUGCCAUUAUUCCUGGGUAGCAGGGUGGCGCCAGGACUAGGG